AUGCCUACAAGUGACAGUGAGGACUUUGAGAGUGCUGAUGAAGGCCAUGGCAGCCCAGUGAAAAAAGAAAGAAAGAAGAGACUGUCUUCCUCGAACUAUAGUGACAACGCACUAGAAACAGAUCAGAAAUCCCAUAAUACUCAAAAUCUUACUAAUAGUUUAAACAAAUCCGUUGAAAAGGAGGUAACGGAUGGAUGGGAUGAUUUUGAAAUUGACGAAAAUGAACCAGUGUCACUAAAUGUCCCCCCUUCUGCAACCAAAGUAGAGAAAAAAGACACUAAACUGACAAAUGAAGAGACUAUGAUAAAAGAGAGUAAAAAAUCACAAGAUACUGGGUGGGAUGACUUUGAUGACUGGGGAGAUGAUGAAUAUUGUUCAAAUAUACAAAAAACAGAAGCACCAAAAACACAGAGUCAUUCUUUACAACCAGAUCCAGAUAUUAAAGCUGUCACAGAUAGACUAGCAGCUGCAUCCACCGGCGGCAGUAGUGCAGGUUGGGGCUGGGGAUGGAGUGUCGACUCCCUAUUAAGUACUGCUACAGCUGGUUUUACUAAUAUUACUAGCCAAGUUUCACAGGGCAUUUCAACAGUACUGGAAACUAGUAUAGGUGCACCAGACCCAGAGGAGUUAGCUAGAAGAAAUAUUAAAGAAAGAGAAGAUGAGAGUAAAACCAGUAAAGAAGAGAGUUUAACCCCUAAAGAGGUACCUGAGAAUGAGGAAAAGGACAAUGGUGAAGCAUUCCAGUUUGGAAGUCUGCUGUCAGGAGUAACGAAAUUUGUAGAGACCACCAGUACGAAAGUAAUAUCUGGUGGUCUAGACACCUUAGAAACCAUUGGAAAGAAAACCAUGGCAGUCCUCGAAGACGGUGACCCUGGUCUCGCAAAGAAACGCGCGCUGUUGGGUCUUGGGACUGGAGACAAGCCUGUACUGUCUCAAGUGCUUAGGGAAGCGAAGGCUAAAGCUGACGAAGAAGAUAAAAUCAAAGAAGAGAAAAGAGAAGCGAAAGAGGUUCAUUAUGAGAAUCUUUUCGAUGAUUUUGAAGGUCUCGUUCACCUAGAAGCUUUGGAAAUGCUGUCAAAACAAGUGAGCAUGCGCAUAGAGGAGCGUUUGAGCGGGGUCGCCUCAGAAAAACGACAAGAUAUGAAGGAAACUUUACAACAAGUUGCCGAAUUAUGUGAAAUGCCUGAAGAAGAUGACGAUGAUGAAGAACCUCCCAGCGAAGACAUGAGUAAGCCUGAUGUAUUACAUGAAAGACUCCAGACCGCUACGCAAGAUCUCGGCCUUAAGUUACAGUUUCAGCCACUUGUUAAGCAAUAUAAAGAAGUUUUAGAUUACGUAACAUCAGACUCCGAAGUCACCGUGAAGGCAAUAUACAAACGCGCGGUGUCCGGGCUCGCCCAAGCGACUGCGCUGUCAGUCGAGCAGUACCAUAAGGCUGCUGAGAUGUUACUUGUUAAGACCAGGAGGUCUACUGCUGAUGAAGCGGAUGCACUUACUCAGAUGACGGUAGUGUUAACAAAGCAUAUCAGUGAGCUAGCGACACUAUUCACGGAGAAGUUAAACUCACUACCAGCCGAUAACAAGGCGCAGACCAACAACUACAUCACUAAUAUAUUUCUAGAGGCAGGCAACAGCUCGACAUACAUACAAAACGCAUUCCAACUAGCCUUGCCAAUAUUGCAGAUAGGCGCCGUUUAA